UUAUAUAUUUUCAUAUACUGAUGUUUCUUCUUCUUUUUUCCAACUGUAUUUUCCUUCUGAAAUAUAAACUGCCUAGCAACAACCGCUGGUUUCCAUUGGUUACCUCCAUCUUCAUAAAGUGACAUAACUCUCUCAGAUACAGGUGUGAGGUUGGAUCAGGAUCUUGUUGAGGUGUGAUGGAUCAGUGUGAAGAGGAGAUCAAUGAGGACCAGCAGCAGUCAGACCUGCCCACAAUGAGCCAGGAUCAGCUGGAGGAGGUCAAGGAGAAGCCCAUCCAGGGUCAUGAGGCCGAGACUGAUCUGGAUACAGACAGUGGCUGCAGUCAGAAGCCGAGUUUGUCCCUUGCAGAGCGGUACCUGCGGGCCUGUCGGCGGACGGGAGUCGUUCCGGCAUCCCCCUUCCUCCGUCAAUUGGGCGAAGCCAAUAUCAACCUGAACCAUUAUGGUUUAGGACCUCUGGGGGUCAAAGCUCUGGCCAUAGCUCUGAAGCAUGACAAUGAUGUCACCAACCUUGAGCUGGAGGACAACGGUGUUCAGUCAGAGGGGGCACGCUACCUGAUGGAGAUGCUUCAAAGAAACGUCAGCAUCCGGAGUCUAAAUCUUUCCAACAACCAGCUGCAGCUUGCAGGAGCGAUCAGCAUCUCCAAAAUGCUGUUAGACAAUUACUACAUCAAAUCCAUCAAACUAUCAGGAAAUGAUUUUGAUGACUUUGCUGUUAAAUACCUGGCUGAUGCUUUCGAGGAGAACUAUAUGAUCAACGAGGUGGACCUCAGUCACAACAAGUUCUGUGAAGUAGGAGGACAACACCUGGGUCACAUGAUAGCCACAAAUAUAGGCAUUGAAGUCCUGAAUUUGAGCUGGAACCACAUUCGUAUGAGCGGUGCAGUGGCUUUGAUAGCCGGGCUGAAGGUGAACUCGACUCUGGAGCAGCUCCUGCUGUCGUGGAACGGUUUUGGCAAAGUCGAGGCGGAGUCACUGGGUCAAGCGCUGAGACACAACAGCAACCUGGUGCUGCUGGACCUCAGCAGUAACCAUAUAGACGACAAGGCUGUGACUCUUCUCUGCAAGGGCCUGGCCGUCAACAAAACCCUCAGGGUCCUCAAGCUUUCCCAUAACCCCAUGACAAGUAUCGGAGCUCUGACGCUGCUCAAAACAGUUAUAAACAACAUGGAAUCAGCCGUGGAGGAGAUCGAUAUUUCUACGGUAUUUGUUGGUGAGGCCUUUGUGGAGCUGCUGGAAGAAGCCCAUCAGAAGCGCCCUGCUUUGGAUGUUAAGUACAACAUCGUGACCUCCGUCACCAGGAACUCAUCUGCCCUUCAGAUCUUUCAGAAAUUCCUUAAAGAGAGAAAUGAGAGCAUGGCGGAUUUCUUCCUAGCUCUGGAUGAAGAAGGAACCAUGAAAGUCCCCGCCGUUGCCUUCAGGAAGGCUGUAAAGGCAGCUAACGUACCUCUGGAUCAGCAGCAGCUGGCGUGGUUGGUCAGGAAGUUUGACAAGAACUGCACAGGCAACAUCAACUACAAGAACUGGUGUGUGUAGGAUCACUAUAAUAGUUCUGUCAUCCAAUAUUUACCUGGCAGGCAGACAAAUGAAAGAACUUUUAUUUGCAAGUCAAGAAGAAGAAACACAAGCAUCAGUAACUUUUUAGGAAAAAAAAAAAAAAAUAAACAGAUGUUUGUGGUCGACCAGAAUGAUUAAUUUUAAAGGGCCAGGUCGCCCAUGUAUAUCAUUUUCAGAUUUAACAAUCAUAAUAUUGUGUUAAUGUUGCGUUAUUAUUCAUAUUAAUGUUAUUGUGUACUAUUUUUUGGAAACUUUCAUGCCAAUAAAGCCACUUUGAAUUGAA